GCACCGGACGGCCGUAUCGCUGGCCAACAACAAAACUAUUCCCAAACUAAAAUGGAAAGGAAACUGACUCGCGAGGACUUCAUGCGGAAGAGCUUCCGCUCGCCGAGGGCGUCUCGGACCCCGGAGACCCAAGAACCAGCAGUCAAUGGCGCCCCGCCGCCAUCGCCGGUGUCCCUGGCUAUGCUGGAAAGAACUCCUCCACAAACGCGCACCCAGUACGAAGUGACACCUUCGGGCAUAGCGCCGAAAAAACUGGAAAUCAGCAGAGCUCAUCCCAUCCACCUUAAAUCAUUCCAAGCUCCAGAUCCGCCAGACGAAAAUGCUCCCACCCCGCCCUCUGACGAAGUGCUACGAAAGCUGGAACGGCAAAUUGGUGAAAUGGAACGUGGACUGGAAAGGGCACAGAAUGGAACGGUUGCGGUCGAUGAGAGAGUCAGAUAUGCAGAGCACGAAAAUCUGCUUCGCACAGGCGUUUCGUCUGUAGGUGGAGGAGGCUACCUCGCAGCCGAUUCCGACACAGAACAUGACUCCACACCGUUCAAUAGGAAUGAGACCACUCGGAGCAGUACGGGAGCCGCUACGCCCGUGACGCGUCCGGCGACUAGACUCGCUCGUACUAACUCCGAUACGCAGCAGCACACAGUAGCCACCACUGCUAGGCUCAUGAGGAAGCUAGCUGACGGUGGCACUAAAGAUGAGAAGAUCAAGGUCAUAUCGCGUAAAGCGAUUCACGCUCAAAUGGAGAGGGUGAAGAACUCUGUUGUGGGUUCUAAGAACGAACACAGGGUGCUGGCUGAGCACAGGGCUGAGCCGCCAUCGCCUCGGACUCCCACGUCUCCGGUCUCACCGAGGUCUUCCACUCAGGUAAGGAUCUAUCUGCACUCGCUACGAAGUAAUUGCAGUAAAGUGUACCAUUUUAGUAUGGUUUAUGAUGGUAUCGGUAAGUAAUGUAACUAGUUAAGA